GGUUGGGGGGUUCACGAGGAGGCUGGGGUCUGUUUGGGCUGAGUGAGGCAGGGUCCCCUGCAGCAGGUCCCUGGCCUCAUCAGUUCUGGCCAUCCAGCUUGCAGCCACCUUCAUGAACUACAGAGCUCCUGCCCUAGAACCUGCUAUAGCUCCCCACUACCCACAGGGUGGGGUUUGAAUUCCCGAGCCUGGCGUCUAACGCUGAUCCCAAACUGGAUCCAGCCUGCCGUUCUGGUAAGGGCUGAGGUCGACCUGUGGGCCCCCGCUGCCUGCCUUCCUUUGUGUGUUUGCAGUCUCUGUUUCUGCUGCUGUCACUGCCCUUCUCUUUGAUGGCGCCCUCUCAGGUGGCCCUCCCUUCCCUCUGGCACUUUGUGCAAGCUGGUUACAGGUCCAUCCCCUGACUUCCACCCCCUGGGGCAGGCCCCAGCCCAGAACACCAGGAUCCUCCGUGCUUGCUGAGUGAAUGAGUGAGUGACCCAGGGCAUGUACCGCCACAUCCUUCAGAUCUUGACCCAGACCUCCCCUCCUCAGUGAGGGCUUCCCAGCCAGCAACAAUCAGCCCCUAAGCUGACGUUUCCCAUUCUCCUCCCUGCUCCAUCCCCAUCUCACGUAUGAUCUAUCUUACUAUUUAGUUCAAUGUCUUUCUCCCCAGCAACAAUGUAAGCUCCCUGAGGGCAGUCAAAGAUGUCAUCAUUUUCUUCCGGGCUGGCUCCCAGUGCCCAGGACGUUGCCCAGCAUUGCUGCGCACACAGCAGCUGCUCAGGAAGCCAGCGAAUGAAUGGCCUGUGGGGGGCACUCUGUGGCUUGUCUGCCUCGAAAGCAGCCCUUCCCCCCCUGCCCUUUGCAGCCUCCUCUCCCGUGGAGCUGGAAGCUCGGCACCCUGGGGGCCAUGCAGAAGGCGGGGGCUGGGGGCCGCAGGGCCUCUGACUGCGGGCUGGCCCCUCACCGGCCCAGGUGCAUCACCAAGUUUGCCCAGUACGUGGGCUCCUUCCCUGUGGACGACCUGGACGCCCAGGAGAGCGUGUGGCUCGUGCAGCAGCAGCUGUGGGCGCUGAAGGACUGUCCCCGACGCCGGGCCGUCAUCCUGAAAUUCAGCCUUCAGGGUCUCAAGAUCUACAGCGGGGAGGGUGAGGUGCUGCUGAUGGCUCACGCCCUGAGGCGCAUACUCUACUCCACCUGGUGCCCCGCCGACUGCCAGUUUGCCUUCAUGGCUCGAAACCCACGGAGCCCAGCCGGCAAGCUCUUCUGCCACCUCUUUGUGGGCAGCCAGCCAGGAGAGGUCCAGAUCCUGCACCUGCUGCUGUGCCGCUCUUUCCAGCUGGCUUACCUCUUGCAGCACCCUGAGGAGCGGGCACAGCCAGAGCCCUGCCCAGGGCCCACAGGGGAGGUGCCCCUAAAGCCACUGUCCAGCUCUGGGGGCCUGGUGCGGGAGCCCUUCGGCCGUGAUCAACUCUCUCAGAACGUCCAUGCCCUGGUCUCCUUCCGGCGGCUGCCAGCGGAGGGGCUGGUGGGCAGUGGGAAGGAGCUGCCAGAGUCGGAAGGCCGUGCCCGCCAUGCCCGCCUGGGAAAUCCCUACUGCUCGCCCACACUGGUGCGCAAGAAGGCCAUUCGCAGCAAGGUGAUCCGCUCAGGGGCCUACCGUGGCUGCACCUAUGAGACCCAGCUGCAGCUGUCGGCUCGGGAGGCCUUUCCUGCCGCAUGGGAGGCAUGGCCCCGGGGUCCUGGUGGCCACUCAUGCCUGGUGGAGAGCGAGGGCAGCCUGACGGAGAACAUCUGGGCCUUCGCUGGCAUCUCCAGGCCCUGUGCCCUGGCCCUGUUGCGGACAGACGUGCUGGGGGCCUUCCUGCUGUGGCCUGAGCUGGGUGCUAGCGGCCAGUGGUGUCUGUCUGUGCGCACGCAGUGCGGCGUGGUGCCCCACCAGGUCUUCCGGAACCACCUGGGCCGCUACUGCUUGGAGCACCUGCCGGCAGAGUUCCCCAGCCUGGAGGCUCUGGUGGAGAACCACGCGGUUACUGAACGCAGCCUCUUCUGUCCCCUCGACAUGGGCCGCCUGAACCCCACCUACGAGGAGCAGGACUGUGGGCCCCCGGGCAGGCCGCCCCGGACUCUCCGGCCCGUCAGCCAUGCCAAGUCCGAGGCAGAGCUGCAGGGCCUGGGCUAAGAGGUAGGGCCCCGGUCCCACAGGCCCUGCCUCACCCCGGCUCCUGGGCCCCAGCAGCGUCUCUGCCCGUCCUGCACCCCUCUGGUCGCCAGUUCCAUCCAGUCACCCUGCCCUUGGAGCAGUCUUCCAUCGCGUCACUGUCCGUGGGAGGGGAGCCCUGAGGGUGGGUGUCGCCAAUGGCUUCUUGGAGAACAUGUGGCCCGCUGAGAUUCCAGGAGGGCAGGUGGAGUUGCAGGCUUCGGAUAACCCUUUGGGUGGCUUUGGAUGACCUGCUGGGUGGCUUCAGAUGCUUUGGGACUUCUGGGCUUCCGCUUUACUCCUGGGGCAGGAGCUUGUUCACGGC